UUUUCAUAACCUAAAAUGUCGGAAACCUCACAUCCAUCUCGCGAUCCAAAAAAUCUCAGCGAACCAUUCGCAGUCAUCGAAUUUCUCGAGAAAAACGAAAAAGGGCUACCAUGCAUUGAUUUGGUGCCGAAAAAAUGGUUUAAUAGUGCAGAAGAAGACACCUGUAAAUUCCCACCGACAACUGAAUAUCAUCUACUUGACGACUACUUGGAAAAAUUGCACUCGCCCAAGGACUCUUGGCAAAGUUAUCCAUUUUGCUUCAUCACCGGAGCAGCUGAUUUGGAUCAGGGUCGCAGAAGAUUAAAAAAGGCCCAAGUAACUCUCAACUGUGAGACAACCGAUGGUGAAAAUGAUCGAAAGGGGGGGAGGUCCGAAACUUCCUCGAAAGCAAAAAUUUCAGCAAAACCCUUAACUGCAUCAAAGUCUCAACUAAACAACAUCUUUAGUACUAAAAUCCCGAUUCCACCUAGAAAUCAAACUCCAAAGUCUGGUAUACAAGCAAAACCAAAGACAAGAUUUCAAAGCAUUUACCAGAGUGGAUCUGACUCUGAAGACGAAAAUCAUGAUUGUCUUAUAGCUAAUCCUGAGGAGAUUCGAGCCUCAAAGGCUCAAAAUAAUUCUGGCUUUUUGCAAAUGUCGAGUAAAUCGCGAUCUGUACCAACAGGUGCAUGUUUAUCAUUUAAACAGCGGUCAAGGAAGAAUAUUACUUUGCUUAAAGACGUCGAAACUGAUGAAUCUGAGAGCAAUGAUUCCUCCGAUGGAAUUCUGCAGUCACCUACAAAAUCGAUGGACUCAGCGAGAAAUACAAGAAAAGAACUUCAUUUGACACCUCCUUCACCACUAGUCCAUAACGCUUCAGGUAACCGAAAAAGGCGUGCAUCGUCUACUACACGCGCUGAAGACGGAUUGAAUUCGAUUGUGAGCCCAGGAACUCCAAAAACUUCACGAUCAAUGAUGGUACCCCCUGCUAAGAUGCCAAAAAUGCUGGGACCACAAAACCAGUUGUCAUCUAGUCAUUAUGCUGAUAAUGAACGUCGAAUCCUGAACUCCCUUCGAGAUUACUUUGAUCAGCAAUUAGAUGAAAAGCUCGAAAAUUUAAGACGCAGGAUGGCUUACGAUUUAAAGCAGUCUAUGAAUGAGCUCAAGACCACAAUCAUUGGCACUAAUCUAGCCCCAGCUUCUGGUCCUAGCUUGCUUGAAAUACAGAAGCAGAUGUCUACGCCACUACUAUUUGAAAUGGAUGAUAAGUUCCAGGAAUACGAAGCGAUAUUGACAACGGACCCAAAUCUCGUAGAAACACUGCGAUUAUUCAUGAGAGUUUUGAUAAGCAAUAAAAAAGAGAUGAAAAUAUGUGUUUCCACUAUCCUAUCUGCGGUUCUGAGGAAGACAGUGUCACUGCACUAUUCUGGUUACGGAAAGGAAGCUGGCGGAAAGAAAAAGAAAAAUUUUUAUAACACUACAGUAUGCAAAGUACUGAUUGAUGUGAUAAUUGAGGUAAUAGGAUCCAGCACUGAUGAGAAGAAGAUAAUGUCAGAAGUAAGUACUUGGUUGUCACGUUCUGGCGAUCGAGAGGGUGGGCGUAAGGAACGACAACGCGGGUCAAGUCAUCAUAACGAGAAUAAUUCAGUUUGUUCCUUUGAUACCAAUCGAUAAUACUUCAUUUUUCCGGGAUAAAUGGAAUUGUAAAAUCACUGUGUUAAUAUGACUCCAUUAGUUCAUUUUCGUAAUUGUAUUAGUUGUGAUAUUCUUGAUAAAAGGUACGAUUAAUAGGAAAAGUUUAUAUUAUCAAUAUAUUUUUAUCGCGAGGCGUUUCAUUGGGCAGAAUAUAUAUUAAUAUAUGAAUAUUGUUUAGUAUUCGGCUGUCAUUGAAGUAUUAAUUAUAUUUAUUAUAUUUCUCCUGGCGAGGUCGGAAAUCCAGAAGAUGGAAAUAACAAUUGGAAAAUGUGAUGUAUCUUAGCAUAAUAAAGUAUUUUCUAUGUCAUUUCCUCAUAAGUUAGAUCACGGGAAUAAAUAUCCGUUGUUGGUUCAGGGAUUAAAUAUUAUGUCCAAAAGUUUAAAGGGAAAAAUAAUAAGUGGAUUUUUAAUUUUUAAGAAAAAUUCUAAUGAAAGUAAUUUCAGCCAUUGAGAGCUGUUUUCAGUAUUUGGUGAUUCAAGUCAAAUAAUAUUUAUAAGGUUGAAGUUUCACAAUCGGACUGCGUCCAUAUUCCCCAAAGAUUUCAAAUUUAAGGGUUGAAAUUAAUUAGUUAUAUGUAAUCCUAUCCAAGACUUUUUUAUAUUUCUAAGUUUGUUUGAAAGAGUGAAUAUAAUAAGCAAUAUUAUAUAGAACUAGCACACAAUCAAUGCAACUAAAUAUCAUUCUGUGUUCCGGAGUUGCAGAUGGAGAAGACAUUAUUGUAAAAAAAGGACGUCUUUCCGAGAUGAAAAAAUAAUUCUUAUCAGGAUAAUUCGUAUCAGCAAUUGUCUAUGGAUAUAAGAAUUAAUUCUUAUCAUCCAUAGCGGAAUAAAUUAUCCAUAAUAUUGCUAUUAUAAUGACUGUUUUCAUGCUUGAAUUGAAGCACGAUAAUUUA